UGGUGGAAGGAGUUGGGCUGUAACACGCAAUGGGGAGAGGUGGAUAAACUGGUGUCCUACAAACUUCUGCCAUGAUUUUAUUCGGAUAGGAAAAGUAGAUUUUGAGUCUGAACAAGCACCAAGACAACCUGCGACUGAAUGUUGAGCCCCUUCGCCUCGCAUGAUGUGACGGUGCAAUAUGGACAAACUUCCCUGGAACAGAUAACAACGUGAAGAAUAGAGGAAGCAAGAGAACACUGAGGCAUUUUAACAGAGAGAAAGUACUUAUCACCAACCCACACAAGACAUCAUGUCCACCUCGAUAAAGCAGGAGAGAACCAUUUGUGUUCUCCUCCCCAACAAAGACCAGCUGGACAUCACUGUUGGGCCAAAGUCCACAGGACAGGAUGUUUUUAAUCGAGUGGCUGAGCUUCUUGGAAUCAAAGCGCUGCACUUUUUUGGCCUCACAGUGGUGAGGGACAAUGAGCACAUCUUUUUAGAUAUGGAGGAGAAACUCACUAAAUACUUCCCGAAGGAAUGGAAGCAAGAUUUUGGAAAGGGAUUACUGAAGAGACCCCUGCCUCUAGUGCUGUGCCUCAAAGUGCAGUACUACAUAGAAAACGGUAGACUUGUUUGUGAACGUAAGGCACGACAUCUAUACUACUCUGACUUGCGGGAGCGGGUGCUUCGCUCUGAAUGUCGUCAGCAGGAAGAGGUGUACUUCCAGCUGGCAGGUUACGCCUUGCAGGCUGAUCUCGGUGACCACUCGAUGCCCAGAGAGGAUAUGGAGGUCACUCCUUACUUUGAACCCAAGGAGUACUUUCCCCCUUGGAUCGUAGCUAAGCGUGGACUAAACUACCUCCUCUGCCAUGGGCCCAAGGUGCAUCAGGAGCUGUGGGGCAUGUCUACUCGGGAUGCCAUGCUGCUCUUCAUCAAGGAGUCAUGUCGACUGGAGGAUGUACCUGUCACAUUUUACAAACUGCAAAAGGACAAAAAGGCAGAGAGAGGAACGGCAUUGCUCGGUCUGACCCUGCGAGGAAUGCAAGUUUAUCAGGAAGUAAACAACAUGCGACAGCUGCUGUAUGACUUCCCCUGGUCAAAUGUGGGACGUCUCACCUUCCUGGGUAAGAAAUUCGAGAUCCAACCAGAUGGCUUACCAUCAGCCAGGAAUCUGGUUUACUACACUGGGUCAUCGUUUCGCUCUCGCCACCUCCUCCUGCACCUGAGCAGCAGCCAUCGCCUCUACCUCAGCCUCCAGCCUGCCCUCAAACGCAUACGCCAGCUGGAGGAGAGCGAAGAUAAAAAGCGCUACAGAGAGUCAUACAUCAGCGAUGACCUGGACUUGGACCCCCCCGGCAGUGAGAGCAGCCCUGGUCUGUCCCGACACUCGACCAGCAGCUCUGGAAUUGAAGCUGACGCCCGCCAACACAGCAUCUCCACAGAGAUGGCCUCCAUGGAGGAGAAGGGUCAACGGCAAGCAGGGAAGUGUUUCGGCUCGGCAGCCAGCCGUGGCAGCUCCCGUACCUCUGGGUUCGACACAGGCAGCAAGGCUCGACUAGAAAAUGAGGGGUGGCAAGAGGAAGAUAUCAAAACCAAUUUUGGAAGUCCAAAGGAGGUCCUUGUGGAUGAUCCUGAUGAGAUGUUCCAGUUGGCCGAUCUUCUUGAAGGAUUGUCAGUGGAUUGUUCAGAGUUCUCCUUCGAGACUUGCUCACCAGAAAACAAAGCGUGUCCCCCAAACAGUGAUGAAGAACUUGGGAAAUUGCGUAACAAGGAUAUGUUAAAACAGAUGCUGAAAUCUAGGGCACAAGUUUGCGUGGAUCGGCACAGCCACAGUCUAGAUGAUGUGCGCCUGUUUCCACCCACGGCACCCCUGGGGACGACACUGCCACCUGACUCCUCCCACAGCUAUACAUUUGGCCUCCCAGAUGCCUCAACAAACACAAAGACCCUUGUUGAUCACAGUUAUUACCCUCUUUUGCACUGCCAAGCCAAACCUUCCUUCUAUGGCCGCAGGUCUACCAACUGCCUCUCCCUGGACAUGUUAAGUGAUGAACAGUUCCUGGAAUUCAUACUUUGAAUACACCAAUUAC